AUGAGGUUGAAUCCAAAGAAGUGUGUUUUUGGGGUAACGGCUGAAAAGUUCUUGGGAUUCCUUAUUGAUGAAAGAGGAAUCGAGGCCAAUCCUGAUAAAGUACAGGCGGUAAUAGAUAUGACGUCGCCAAAAUCAGUCAAGGAAGUCCAACGCCUGACGGGAUGUCUAGCGGCCCUGGGGCGGUUCUUAUCAAGGGCAGGUGAUAAGUGUCAUUACUUCUUCGGCACAAUCAAGAAAAAGAGGAAAUUACAAUGGACUGAGGCGGCAGAAACUGCCUUCGUCCGAUUAAAGGAACACCUCCACACCUUACCUCGGCUUGUCAGUCCUCUUCAGGGGGGAACUUUGUAUGUAUAUUUGGCCAUUUCCGAGUGGUCCUUGAGUGCUGUCUUGUUAACCGAAAGGGAAGGAGUGCAACUCCCCGUCUAUUUUGUGAGCCAUGUCCUGCAAAACGCUGAAUUAAGAUAUUCUCCAAUUGAGAAGUUCGCACUUGCGCUGUUUAUGGCCAGCAAGAAGCUGCGCCCUUAUUUUCUGGCACACAAACUAGUGGUAUACACAGACCAGCCUUUGAAACAACCUCUUACUAAUCUAGACGCUGCUGGACGAAUUCUGAAAUGGGCAAUUGAGCUGAAUGCAUUUGAUAUCUCAUAUGAGCCUCGGAAAGCUAUCAAGGGACAAGCAUUUGCUGAUUUCAUUGCGGAAAUGAUGAGGCCGAAUUUUGAAAAGAAUGUGGCGACUCGCUGGACAGUCUAUGUAGAUGGUUCGUCAACCCAGAACGGGUGUGGAGCCGGCAUAAUAUGUCAGUCUCCUGAAGGAGACAAAUAUGAGUAUGCCAUGAGAUUCAAUUUCCAAACAUCCAACAAUGAGGCAGAAUAUGAAGCUUUAUUAGCCGGCAUAAAAAUGUGCAAAGUCGCUGGAGCCCAAGAGAUACUUGCCUUCUCCGACUCUCAGCUCAUUGUGAGCCAAGUAAAUGGAGACUAUGAGGCAAGGGACCCUAACAUGAUCAAAUAUAUGCAAGCUGUGCAUCAAGAAAUAGAACAUCUAAAGAGCUUCGAAGCUAAGCAGAUUCCCAGAACGGAGAACAAUCAGGCCGAUGCCCUGUCAAAACUAGCUAGCUCGGCUUCCUGUGAUACACCGCGUCAUGUGUUUUGGGAAGUAAAGGAUAAGCGAAGUAUUGAGCAGGAAUUGUGCGCGCCUAUGGUAGCUAUUCUGGAUCGGUCGUCAACCUGGAUGGACCCUAUCAUUGCUUACAAAAUGGACGGUACGCUUCCGGACGAUUCAAGUCUGGCCCCCAAAAUACAAAGGAAGAGUUCUUGGUUUGAAUGGUGGAAUGGAGUUUUGUACAAAAAGUCAUUUUCUAGACCUCUCAUGCGGUGCGUCACUCCUGAGAAAGGGGAGGAAAUUCUAGAUAAUUUGCACCAAGGAUUAUGUAGCUCCCACAUUGGAGGACGAGCCCUGGCAGAGAAAGCUUUGCGAACUGGUUAUUACUGGCCCACUUUGAGAGAAGACGCCCUAGCAUUGGUGCAAAAAUGUGACAAGUGCCAACGGUUAGCUCAUCUCAUCCACAGGCCGGCCCACCCACUCACUCCUAUUACGAGUCCCAUUCCGUUUGCCAAGUGGGGAAUGGACCUGUUAGGGCCAUAUACGGCGGCCCCUGGAGGCCGGCGCUAUGUGAUAGUGGCUGUUGAUUACUUCACCAAGUGGGUUGAAGCAGAGGCUCUCUAG